AGUUAAGGCUUGUGCAUUCAAGUCCUAAAAAGCAUCGUCAUUCGUCACGACUCCUCAUUCCAAAGUCAACUGUUAAUUUGUGAACAAGUUAAUACUUAUGAAUCAUGUAGCCUGUCAAACAUUAAUUGAAUCUCUAUCGAAAGAAUCAUUUGUUUGCAACAAUCAUCUGGUCGGCUUCUAUGGCUAAAGAAGCAGCAGCAGCAGCAGCUGCCUCAUCUUCUUCUCCUCCUCCUUGUUUCACCAAUCCAUGGACAUCCGAUGUAUUCUUGAGUUUCAGAGGCGAGGACACGCGCUGCAAUUUCACAGGCCAUUUGUGUAGAGCUUUGCGUCAAAAAGGAAUUAACACCUUCAUGGAUGAUUGUCUUUCAAGAGGAGAAGAAAUAUCAACAGCGCUCCUCAAAGCGAUUGAAGAGUCGAGGAUUUCUGUCAUUGUAUUCUCCGAAAACUAUGCUUCCUCAAGGUGGUGCUUGGACGAACUUGUUAAGAUCCUUGACUGCGAGAAAUCAAAUCAACAAAUGGUGAUACCGGUAUUUUACAAGGUGAGUCCCUCGGAUGUUCGAAAUCAGAAGGGUUGUUUUGGUGAUGGACUUGCUGGCCUUGAGUGCAAAUAUAAGGAUAACGUUGACAAGAUCCACAAAUGGAGGCCAGCUCUUUCAGAAGCAGGAAACUUGUCUGGGUGGACUCUCUUGGAUAAGCAUGAAGAUGAAUCGAAACUUAUUCAUAACAUUGUUGAAGGGAUUUCCGCACGAGUAAUAAACCGUACAUAUUUGGAUGUGGCCGAAUACCCAGUUGGAAUAGAGUCUCGUGCACAAGAAAUAAAAAACCGCUUACAUGUCGGGAGAAAUGAUGUCCGUAUGGUAGGUUUAUGGGGGAUGGGUGGAAUUGGUAAAUCAACAAUUGCCAAAGCUGUUUAUAAUUUAAUUUCCCACAAAUUCGAAGGUAGUUGCUUUCUCAACAAGGUUAGAGAAAGUUCAAUGACAGAUAAAGGAUUGGCCAAAUUACAAAAGACACUUCUUUAUGAGAUUCUAGGGGGAGACAAGUUGAACGUGGCCAAUGUUGAUAAAGGAAUCACUUUAAUAAAGGAAAGAUUAAGCAGUAAAAGGAUUCUCUUAGUUCUUGAUGAUGUGAACGACAUGAGACAGUUACGCUGCUUAGCUGGGGGAUCAGAUGGUUGGUUUGGCAUUGGUAGUAGAAUUAUCAUAACGACGAGGGAUAAGAAACUGUUAACUGCUCAUCAUCAUAAUAUUUCAAUAUACGAGGUGAAGAAAUUGAACUAUCAUGAAGCUCUGGAGCUCUUCAGUUGGAAUGCCUUCAAAAGCAAUGGACCUUUGGAUGGUUAUGCGAAACUUGCAGACCAUGCAAUACGGUGUGCUCAAGGCCUUCCAUUAGCUUUGAGAGUUUUAGGUUCACAUCUGUACCGUGUAAGUAUAGAUCAGUGGCAAGCUAUAUUAGAUGGUCUGAUCAAAAGCCGAGAAAUUCAAGACGUUUUCAAGAUAAAUUAUGAUGCAUUGGAUGAAAUAGUGAAGGAAGUUUUUCUUGACAUUGCGUGCUUCUUUAAAGGGGGAAGCAGUAACUAUGUGAUCGAAAUAUUAGAAGGUUGUGAGCUAAACCCCAAGCAUAGCAUUGACGUACUCAUACAGAAGGCCCUCGUAAAUAUAGAUCAUGGUUUUAUAUGGAUGCACGAUUUGGUAGAAGAAAUGGGUAAAGAAGUAGUUCGCCAACAAUCACCCAAUGAUCCUGGAGAGCGCAGCAGAUUGUGGUUUCAUGACGAUGUUUAUCGUGUUCUGACAGAAAAUACAGGAACGAAAAACAUUACAGGCAUAAAGGUACAGCUGCUUGAAUCGGAUAAUGAGAUAUGCUUAAGUGCUACAACCUUCUCCAACAUGAAAAAUCUUAAAAUUUUCAUAAACUGUAAUGGACGGUUUUCUGGAGCCGUUGAUUACCUCCCCAACAACUUAAGGUUAGUUGAUUGGCCUGAAUGUCCGUUGAAAUCUUUGCCGCUCAAUUUUAAUCCGAAGAAUCUUGUUGUACUCAACAUGAGGAACAGCCAGAUCACAGGAUUCCGGGAGGGAUUUAAGAACCUGACGAAGCUGAUUUUAUCUGGCUGUCAAUACUUAACAAGAAUCUCCGACUUCUCCGGAGUUCCAAACUUAGUGACGUUGGAUCUAAAUGGUUGCACAAAUUUAACUGAGGUUGAUCCAUCAGUUCGAUUUCUUGAUAAACUUGAAGAACUAUGUCUUGUUAACUGCUAUAACCUUGCAGUGUUUCCAACAACAAUAAGCUGGAAAUCUCUGAGAACUUUUAAUCUUGGCGGUUGCAAAAAGUUUGAGAUAUUCCCGGAAAUUGUGGGCAAAAUGGAAAGGCUAGAGGAUUUGCCACUUGGAGGAACUGCUAUAAAAGAAUUGCCUCCAUCAAUUAAAAAUCUCAUCGGGCUUAAACGCUUAUCAUUAGAUAGAUGUAAAAACUUUGCAAAUCUACCGCAAAGCAUCUAUGCGCUGCCCCGUCUUGAAUAUCUCCGUCUCCGUCAGUGCGCAAAGCUUGUUACACUCCCUCCGGAUCUUCCAACGACCUCAAACAUUUCACCUGACAACUUUGGGUCAGUAGCAAUUCCCAAUCUAGGGACUAUGCUUUUUGAUGAAUGCAACUUAUCGGACAUUGAUACCCUUGCAAAUUUCGGUUGCUCAUCUAAAUUAAAAGAAAUUCUUCUACAUGCUAGCAAUAUUGAGAGUCUUCCUGCAUGCAUUGGCAAAUUUGUGUGGUUGGAGAUUCUUAGUUUGUUUGGUUGCAAGAAACUUCGAGAAAUUUCAGAACUUCCACCAAAGAUAAGAUGGAUUGACGUUGGCGAUUGCACAUUACUGGAAAUAUUUCCAACGUUGUCGGAGAUGAUACGGGGAGAUGGAGACGUGAGACUCAUUCGUUGGAUGCAAAUGUCUAGUUGCCAAAGGCUGUGCGAAAAGUUGGCUUUGGACGUCUCCAUGAUGGCAAGCGUAUUACUGCAUCAGGCGGGGAAGUGCAAUGAAGCGAUAAGUAUUGUACUUCCAGGCAGUGAAGUUCCAAAUUGGUUCAGUUGCCGUAAGGACGUACGUGUGAAGUUCCGAACUGGUCGUUCAUAUGAAAUUUUUAUUGAAAUCCCUCGGACUUUCAAAUGGAAAAACACAGUACUUGUUUUCUGUGCUGCUUUCAAAAUCACGCAAAAUUUUUCAGGAACAUGCUGGUUUUGUACAUGGGCUGAAGUCGAUGGAGUAUCUAUAAAUGACCCAGACCGGACUGAUUGUUUGUUUCAAACAAAUGAGAUAGAUGCAGCUCAUGUGUGGCUAAAAUAUAUUCCAUUACCAGCUCGCAUAAAGUCGCACGUGGAUGAGGGUGGUGACCAAUCAGAGCCGUAUCUGUGGAAAAGUGUACAUGAGGGUGGUGACCAAUCAAAGCCGUAUCUGUGUCAAGUUACACUUUUCCACAGAGACGGAGAUGGGUUGCUCUUAAAUGGCUACGGUGUCCACUUGGGAAAUUUCAGGAGGCCCGAGGAUGGUGGUGAAGAUGACGACGAUGUAGGAGGCGAGGAUGGUGAUGAAGAUGACGACGAUGUAGGAGAUGGUGAUGAAGAUGACGACGAUGAAGGAGGCGAGGAUGGUGAUGAAGAUGACGACGAUGUAGGAGGCGAGGAUGGUGAUGAAGAUGACGACGAUGUAGGAGGCGAAGUUGGACCAAGAAAAAGGAAAAGGAUGUUGGCGAUCAAGAGUUGAAUGUGAGUUGCAACAUUUUCAAAUCUCUAAUCAUGUUUUUAUGAUGGUCAUUCUUGUUUUGAAAGGAUUUCUUCUGCUAACUCAACAAGUGUGUGGUUUUAUACAAAGUGCAAACAGUGAAACCAUGAAAUAUAAACUGUAUUCAUUUCGGUCAGGUUUCCGACGUGGGACUUCACAUUCUUCAACGCGUCCAAGAAGGCCAUUGAUAUACGAUUCCUCUCAUCUCUCUCUUGUGUUUAAGGCAAGGAUUUGGCUCCAUUUUAACGCUCUCUCCUGUUUUUCUUCUGUUUGUUUUAAUUUCUUAGAGAUUAACGCUUUGUGAUUUUCGUUUACGGAAAACUAAUCUCCAUAGCUACGGCUAGGAGAUAAACCUACACUAUAACUAUCUACUUUUAUUAUUUUGAUUUUAUUUUUGAUUUUCAAUGUCAAUUUUAUAUUGUGGAAUUUCUUAUUUAAUCUAUUUUCAAUGUUUCCACAUCA